UUUAAACUAAAUGAGUUAAACAUUUUAGGUUAAAAAAUAAUUCCAACCCAUAAAAAAAAAAAAACCCUAGAGCUGUAAACCCCAUCCCUCACGGAGACACUCGUAGAGAGGCCAGCGUGAAGGUCGCUACCGCCAGGUACGUUGAUACUGCUGGAAUCGCCGCUAAUAGAGGAGCCGCCGAGAGAGGCGCCGCCGUUUUGACUACCAUGGCCAUGAGAGGAGGAAGGGAGAAUUUGAAGAGGGCUACAGAGGAAAAACAUGUUACGCUUCAAGACGGGCAAAGCAUCAUGCAGGUGGUGUCUUUACGAGGCUCUAAUAUCAUUGAGGUCAAGGAUGCAUUUGGCAACAAAUCACUAGCUCUGUUCCCUGCUAAAUUUCGGAAAAGCGUGUGGAUUAAACUAGGGAGUUUUGUUGUUGUUGAUGUAACCGGAAAGGAAAAGGCUCUUGAAUCGGGUAGCAAGGUUGCAUGCCUUGUUUCUCAAGUUCUUUUCUACGAACAAGUUCGAGAACUACAGAAAACUCCUGAAUGGCCUGAAAGUUUUAAAUUUGCAAUGGUUGAUGAAUCAAAAGAAACUUCUGCCUCCCAACAAGAGAAUGAGCUGGAGGACAGUGAUGAUGGACUACCUCCAUUGGAAGCCAAUACAAACAGACUCAGACCUUUCGAGUUGCAAGCCGAUGAAGAUUCAGAGUCUUGUUCAGAUACAGAUGAUUGAAUCAUAUAGUUAGACUCCCAUGGCAUAUGAAUUAUUACACUCAAGCUAAAACGACAAUGUAUGUGAAAGAAUGUUCUUGUCCUAUUUUUAUGUGCUGAUUCUAUUGAAGAUUUGCUUUUCAGAUUUCUCAACCAAAA